AUGUAUCGGUUUCAGGCCGUUACGUACCGGGACUCGGACACUACGGCCGUGAAAUUCAUUCUCGCUGGUAUACCGGCUGAUCAAGUGAUAAAUGAAGUAAAUUCAUGGGUCAAAAAUGAAACCAAGGGACUCAUCAAGAAUCUCCUUCCUCCUGGAUCUUUAUAUGAUGACACUGCACUCCUCUUUGCAAAUGCAUUACACUGCAAAGGACAAUGGGAUCAAAAAUUCGAUAAAACACAUACAGGAAACAUGAAUUUUCAUCUUCUCGAUGGAGAGAUCGUUCAAGUUCCUUUCAUGACAAGCAAAAGAGACAGUCGUCAUCUUUACAGAUUAUUCAGUGGAUAUAAAAUCCUCAGCAUUCCAUACCAAGGUAGUAACUUCUCUAUGUACUUUUUUCUUCCAAAUGAAACAGAUGGCUUGCCAAAACUAGUCAAGAAACUCAAGUCCAACCCUGGAUUAAUGAAUCAGGAAUUUGGGUUGAGGAAAGACGAUGUUUCUAAAUUAUGGAUCCCAAGAUUCAAAUUCUCAUUCUAG